UCUUGAUGAAGCUCUUUAUUUCUUCGAUUACAUGAUGCAUAUGGACGACACUCCUAUGUCAUCAUUCGGUGUUUUCUUUGCUGCACUCGCUAAGAAAAAACAUUUUGAUCAGCUUCUUGUGCUGUACACGAGAUUCAUAUCAGCUGGGUUGUUGCCUGAUUUGAUUAUUUUGAGCAUUGUUAUUAAUUGCUUAUGCAAAAGAGGUAGGGUUUCUGAUGGUUUUAUUAUUUUUGGGAGUAUUUUUCGAAAGGGUUUUAGUCCAGAUAAUGUGACUUUUACUUCUCUGAUUCGAGGUCUUUGUAUGGAGGGUAAGAUUAAGAAGGCAACUGAAUUGUUUAGGAGAAUGGUUGGUUUUGGUUGUAGGCCUACUUCAUUUACAUAUGGGACUUUGAUUACUGGGUAUUGUCAAACAGGCAAUAUCUACGCUGCCCUUCAGUUAUUUGAAGAAAUGGUUAGUGGGAAUGGGGAAUUUGGUUUCAUUUGUAAGCCUGAUAUUGUUUGUUAUUCGAGUAUUAUUGAUGGUCUUUGCAAAUAUGGGUUAGCAGACAAGGCGAAACAACUGUUUUCAGAAAUGAAGACUGGGAGCAUUAACCCAGACGAGGUUACUUACAACUCUCUAAUUUAUGGUUUGUGUCAUUCAUUUAAUUGGGAGGAGGCUAAAACUUUGUUUCUAGAAAUGUUAGAUGAAGGUGUACAACCUAGUGUAGUGACAUUUAGUGUGCUAAUAGAUGAGCUCUGUAAGAAUGGAAAGAUGAACGAAGCCAAUGGAUUGCUCCAAGUAAUGAUUAAUAGAGGUGUUCAUCCCGACACAAUUACUUAUAACACAAUUCUGAGCGGUUAUUGCUUGGCUGGUAGAACUGAUGAUGCAAGAAAGCUAUUUGAUUCUUUGGCAAGUAAGGGGUGUAAGCCUGACGUUUUUGGCUACAAUAUUUUGAUGGAUGGUUUGUGCUUGGCAAACAAAAUUAACGAUGCUAAGGAGUUGUUUGCUUCAAUGUUAAGUAAGGGAUGCACACCUAAUGUAGUUAGUUAUGGUACUCUGAUCAAUUGGUAUUGCAAGAACCGAAAAGUUGAUGAAGCUAUGUGUCUUUAUAAGGAAAUGACUUCAAAUGGAGUUCGGCCUGGAGUUGUUAUUUAUAGCACCAUGUUGACCGGUCUUUUUAUGACUGGUAAAGUUGGACAUGCACGGAAACUAUUUGGUGAGAUGAAACUUAAUAAUGUUCCCCCCAAUUUAAUUAAAUAUAAUAUUCUUAUUGAUGGGUUUUGCAAAAAUGGUUGUGUUUUGGAGGCUGUUGAACUGUUUCAUACUUUAAAAAAUGUAAACAUUCAACCUGAUAUCAGAACUUUCAAUUGUCUCAUUGAUGGGUUGUGCAAAACAGGGAGACUCAAAAUUGCGUGGGGACUAUUUCACAGAUUGCAAAAUAAAAGCUUGGUUCCAGAUGUUGUGACAUAUAACAUUAUGAUGCAUGCACUUUGUAAAGAAGGGAAUGUAGAGACGGCAAAUAAUUUGUUAUUUCAUAUGGAUCAAAACGGUUGUGCUCCAGAUUUCAUCACAUUUAAUACGCUUAUGAAUGGUUUCUUGCGGAAUAAUGAGACCUUUAAAGUAGUUGAACUUCUUCACAAAAUGAAAGAGAGAAAUAUCAAGCCGGAUGCAUCCAUAGCUUCAAUAGUUGUAGACUUACUGGGAAAGGAUAAAAAUUAUCGCGAAUGCUUAAACUUGCUUCCUUCAUUCUCUACCCAACAACCAACAGGAUGUUGAUUGUUGAGUAAUUGUAUUUCCGGUGGAGUACAGCUUAUCACGAGAGCCUUGUUAGACCUCAAAGUUUCCAUGUAAAGGUGCCUAUUGAUGUUUCAAAGGAAUCACUGAUGAAGAUGCCUCUAAAGGUUGUAGAUGGUUUAACACCCACGGCCGCUGAUAGAAAUGAGGCUAUUGAAUAAGUGAAUAAAUUGAGUAAACUCUUUUGUAAGUGUGACUGCACGUUACUGGAAGUCAGCAUAAACUUUUUUAUUUUAUCUCAAUUGUUGUUGAUCUGUAGUACACUAGUACUAGUACAUAGGCUUAGAUGGUGAUACGACCCCUGUUUCUCACACGUACAAAAGGAGAGUGAAGGCAAUUCAGCUGAUGCGCAAAAAGGGGAGUUAGUUAUCCAUGUGGCAAGAAGCAUGCUUUGGGUGUGACGUUGGGGAAAUAUAUAUUGUGGGAUUUCAAUUGUAAAAGCAUAUAUAAAAACUUGGAGUAUGAAUUGGGAGGAACUAGCCCCUCGAAGAGCUAGAUAUCUUUUAUUUACUGCACUGGUUUUUCUGCACCUUUUAUAUUGUAAUUUCC